CCCACCCGCUACUAGCGUUGCGAAAGUUUGUAAACUUGCCUAGGGAGAAUGGCCCUGCUCUGUAUUUCAACAAUGACCCUCUGCUGACCUUGGCCGGCGGGAAGAUGCGUGAGUCGCACAGUCAGAGAUGAGUGAUAUAAAACUAGAUCCAAGAUUUCUGGUUAGCUUGAAGAAAGAACCGGAGCAGAGGACCAUAGAGGACCUGCACACACUGUUCGAGACGCUGCAGGAGUUCGAAGCGCUCUCCAACCUGCGCGAGGCCGCUCUACGAUCGCUCUGCAAGGCUAUCCGAUACGAGCGGCGGGACAAGGACGACAUCCUAUACUUCCGCGGCGAGCGGGCGUCAUGCUGGUACAUUCUCAUCUCCGGCUACGUCUUCAUUGAGGGCUCCAUGUUCUGCCCCGGCUCCAGUUUCGGUAAGCGGAUCGGGCAGCGUGUCAACGACUGCGUCAUCCUGGAGCCGGCUGAGAUGAUUGUGAUCGACUACCCAGACAGCAAUUUGAUGUACGGCGGCCGGCGUCGCUCGUGUACGGCGGCUAACCUGGAGCGUCUGCUGGCGCUGGAGCAGGAGGAGGUCAGCAUCCACUCACGGCUGGCCAGUCUGGACGACCCGCAGGUGCUGGUGAACAACAUGCACCUGCUGUCGCUGUACAAGAACACCGGCUCUCGCUGCUCGUCCGACACCAGCUCCGCCUACAGCGGCUCCGACACCAUGCAGUCGCUACAGUCGAGUAUCGACCCCACGGAGGACGUGGACCUGACGGGCCUCAUCGAGACCACCGUCGACUCGGACGAGGACGAGGAGGACAUGAUGGCCACCAUGGACUCCAUCACGGCCAGGGACGCCGUGCGCGACUGUCUGGAGACGGACCCGGCCAACCGCACGGACGAGGACGUGGAGAUCCUGCUGGAGUUCACGCAGCACCUGCGCGCCUUCAGUAACAUGACGCUGAGUGUGCGGCGCGCGCUCUGCAGUGUCAUGGUGUUCGCGGUGGUGCAGAAGGCCGGUACGACGGUCAUGCAGGACGGCGAGGAGCUCGACUCGUGGUCGGUGAUCGUCAACGGCCAGGUGGAGAUCAGCGGCCCCGGUCUGCCCAGCACCGAGCUCGGCCUCGGGGACAGCUUCGGCAUCACGCCCACCAUGGAGAAGCUGUACCAUCGCGGCGUGAUGCGUACCAAGUGCGACGACUGUCAGUUCGUCUGCAUCACCCAGACCGACUACUACCGCAUACUACACCAGGGGGAGGAGAACACGCGACGCCACGAGGAGAACGGCGAGGUGGUGCUCGUGACGGAGCACCGCAUACUGGACGCCGGCUCGGCCAAGGGGCACUGCGUCAUCAAGGGCACGCCGGAGCGGCUGAUGACGCAGCUGAUGGAGGAGAACUCGCUGAUCGACCCGUACUACGUGGAGGACUUCCUGCUGAUCCGGCGGAUCUUCCUGCCGCAGGCCAGCGCCCUCUCCGGCCAGCUGAUGCAGUGGUUUCGUGACCCCGAGUACCGGGACCGGGUGACCCGUGUCGUGCUACAGUGGGUCAACAGCCACUUCAUCGACUUCGAGACGGACCCGGCCAUGAUGGACUUCCUGGAGCGCUUCGAGCUCUGCCUCGAGUCGAACAAGAUGCAUGGCCAGCUGGGCCUGCUGAACUUCGAGUGCGCCGCCAAGUCGCGCGUGCGCGUGGUGACGCUGGCGCGGCCCAACCGCGACGAGCCGCUGCCGUUCUGCCUGCUGGGCGGCUACGAGCGCAAUUUCGGCAUCUUUGUCACCAAGGUGGAAAAGGGCAGCAAGGCCGAGGACAUCGGCCUGAAGCGGGGCGAUCAGAUCCUCGAGGUGAACGGCCAGAGCUUCGAGCACAUCUCGCACCCGCGCGCGCUGGAGGUGCUGCGCGGCACCACCCACCUCAGCAUCACCGUCAAGAGCAACCUACUGGCGUUCAAGGAGAUGCUGCAGACGCCCGAGGACGCCGUGCGGCCGCGCCAGCGCAAGGGCUCCGAGAUCGCCGGCCUCAACCACUACCCGCGGCCGCGGCUGGCCGGGCCGCACGCGGCCGGCGCACCGCCGCCGCCCGCCGAACACGACACGGCCCAGAAGGACAAGAAGGAGGUGAUCCACCGCACGUUCGCCACGCUCGGUCUGCGCACCAUCAAGUUCCGGAAGGCGCUCAUCAAGGCUAUCACGCACAAGACACCUCUCCAAGCGCACCACUCCGAUGACGCGCUGGUGCCGGGCGGCGCGGCCGAGCCGGGCUCGGGCGCCAUGUACCACUCGCACAGCAACCCGGACCUCAGCCAGCUCAGCUACGACGAGUGGAAGUUUGACUACCCGGAGCACGUGCUCAAGGUGUACAAGGCCGACCAGAGCUGCAAGUACCUGCUCGUGCACAAGGAGACCACGGCGCGCGAGGUGUGCAUGCUGUCGCUGCGCGAGUUCGGCAUCACCGACCCGAGCAGCAACUACAGCCUGUGCGAGCUGACGGCCGGCGCCGGCGGCGUGGUCAAGCAGCGCCGCCUGCCCGACCAGAUGCAGAACCUGGCCGAACGUAUCGCCCUCGGCAGCAGGUACUACUUGAAGAACAACCAGGUGACGGAGCCGCUGGUGCCGGACGAGCUGGCGGCCGAACUGCCGCGCGAGGGCUCCGUCCACUUCCUGCAGCUCAACGCCCUGGAGGUGGCCGUGCAGCUGACGCUGGACGACUUCAGCUUGUUCCGUCAGAUCGAGGCCACCGAGUACGUGGACGACCUGUUCGUGCUGAAGAGCCGCUACGGCACACCCGGCCUGAAGCAUUUCGCCGAGGGCAGAGGACUGGUCAACCGUGAGAUGUUCUGGGUGAUAACUGCCGUCUGCGGCGAGCACAACCUAGUCAAGCGCAUGAAGAUCGUCAAACAGUUCAUCAAGGUGGCACGCCACUGCAAGGAGUGCAAGAACUUCAACUCGCUCUUCAACAUCGUGUCGGGCCUGAGCCACGGCGCCGUGGGGCGGCUGAAGCAGACUUGGGAAAAGCUGCCGACCAAGUACCAGAAGAUGUACAACGACAUGCUGGCGCUGAUGGACCCCAGUCGCAAUAUGUCCAAGUACCGCAACCUCAUCACGUCGGAGCACGUGCAGCCGCCGUUGAUCCCGUUCUACCCCAUUGUCAAGAAGGACCUCACGUUCAUCCACCUGGGCAACGACACCUGGGUGGACGGCUUGGUGAACUUCGAGAAGCUUCGCAUGAUCGCAAAGGAGGUGCGCUCGCUGUCGGACAUGUGCUCGGUGCAGUACGACGCCGGCUCGAUGCUGGAGCUGGUGGGCCAGUCGGGCCUCGGCCAGCUGACGCUGACGGCGCAGCGCAGCGCCACCGUUAAGAGGCGGCGCAAGUCGCAGGCCCAGUCGAACCCCAAGAAGAUGUUCGAGGAGGCCCAGAUGGUGCGGCGCGUGAAGGCGUACCUGGCGCACCUGGCGGUGGUGCAGGACGAGGAGCGCCUGCUGCAGAUGUCGCUCGAGUGCGAGCCGCCGCCGGCCGGCUCCUCCACCACCACCACGAGGCGGCGGCACCCGUCGCCCACGUUGUCGACCACCAGCAGCGCCAGCAGCCAGCGCCGCCAGCGACGGCCGCCGAGACCGGGCGCCGCGUCCCCGAGCGCCGUGCGCAAGCUGAUGUCGCUGGCCGAGACGAAGACGCGGCCGCACCAGCCGUCAUCGCCGUCGCCGGGGCAGGCGCGCCGGCGCGCCGCCGCAGGCCGCAGCCACGAGCGCUCACAGUCGGACACGCUGCCGGUGGACCUCAGCUCGGAGAGCAGCAGCGUCACCAGCAUGCCGCUCCGCAAGACGCACACCAGCGCGAGUUCAGUGGCAUCUGGCGACGGCCCGGGCAACGCGAGUUACGGCGCCCACCAUUACGAGGCGCCACGGUACGACGCGGCCGGCCCCAGCGGCUUGGAGCUGUUCACCAACUCGCCGAUGCGGCACUACAUGUACCUGCCCAAGCCUAACGCAGCCGGACCCCUCCGACCGCCGCCGCCGCCG